UAACGCUCCGGAAGCGGAUGAGGUGUACCAGUCAGCUGGGCGCUCCGAAGCUUUCCAGAGCCAGGCUGUUUCGUGCUUCUUUGCCUUUUCCUUCAAACCUGGCCCUAUGUUGGAGGGGUGCAGCGUGAGGGGGAUUUUUCGAUGUUGGGAAGUGGCAGGUCUGUGACAAGCAGGGAACAAGGCAACGACGGCGCAGCCUGGCCCCGGCUGACGGACUCUGGCGACUCAGAGAUGGACAGUAGCUGCCACAACGCGACUGCCAAAAUGUUAGCUACUGCUCCGGCCCGGGGCAACAUGAUGAGCACCUCCAAACCCUUGGCUUUCUCCAUCGAACGAAUCAUGGCGCGCACCCCAGAGCCCAAGGCCCUGCCCGUCCCCCACUUCCUUCAGGGAGCCGUGCCCAAGGGGGACCCCAAGCACUCUUUGCAUCUUAACUCGUCGAUCCCUUGCAUGAUCCCCUUCGUGCCUGUGGCGUACGAUACGAGCUCCAAGGCUGGAAUGACGGGCUCGGAGCCGCGGAAGGCGAGUCUGGAGGCUCCGGCGGCACCCGCAGCGGCGCCCGCAGCGCCCGCGUUCAGCUGCAGCGAUCUGCUCAACUGCGCGCUGAGUCUCAAGGGCGACCUGGCCCGGGACGCGCUGCCGCUGCAGCAGUACAAGCUGGUAAGGCCCCGUGUGGUCAACCAUUCUUCCUUCCACGCCAUGGGAGCCCUGUGCUACCUGAAUCGAGGUGACGGCCCCUGCCACCCGGCAGCCGGCGUUAACAUCCACCCGGUGGCCUCUUACUUCCUCAGUUCCCCUCUGCACCCUCAGCCAAAAACGUAUUUAGCUGAAAGAAAUAAACUGGUGGUCCCGGCGGUGGAGAAGUACCCCUCGGGAGUAGCUUUCAAAGACUUGUCCCAGGCUCAACUGCAGCAUUAUAUGAAAGAAAGCGCCCAGCUUCUGUCGGAAAAAAUCGCGUUCAAAACCUCUGACUUCAGCCGAGGCUCUCCUAAUACCAAGCCCAAAGUUUUCACUUGCGAAGUGUGUGGAAAGGUCUUUAACGCACACUAUAACUUAACCCGUCACAUGCCAGUGCACACAGGAGCCAGACCCUUCGUUUGCAAAGUGUGUGGAAAGGGCUUCCGGCAAGCCAGCACCCUGUGCAGGCACAAGAUCAUUCAUACCCAGGAAAAACCUCACAAAUGUAACCAGUGUGGCAAAGCAUUUAAUAGAAGUUCCACUUUAAACACGCAUACCCGAAUACACGCAGGCUACAAACCGUUUGUGUGUGAAUUCUGUGGCAAAGGAUUUCAUCAAAAAGGGAAUUACAAAAACCACAAGUUGACCCACAGCGGGGAGAAGCAGUUCAAGUGCAGUAUCUGCAACAAGGCUUUCCACCAGGUUUACAACCUCACCUUCCACAUGCACACUCACAACGACAAGAAGCCGUUCACGUGCCCCACGUGUGGCAAAGGCUUCUGCAGGAACUUUGACCUCAAGAAGCACGUCCGCAAGCUACACGACAGCAGCCUGGGGCUGGCCCGCACGUCCGCUGGGGAGCCCGGCACGGACCCGUCGCCCCCUCUACAGCAGAUGCCGCCUGCCACCCUGCCGCCGCUGCCGCCGCCGCUGCCGCCCCCCGGUCCCCUGCAGCCCGGGCUCCACCCGGCCCACCAGUGAUCAAGGCCAAAGUCCCUUCCCAGCCGCAUUCGGGCCCCACUACCGAGGCAGCGGGGGAAUAGAGCUGGUCCUGCAGACCCAAGCUCGUCUGCAGACCCCAGGGCGUGUUGGGCCCCACGUUAGCGCCUACCAGAAGCCUCUGCAUUUCCCCCGCCUUUAGCCUCUUGCAUGCACCUGCUAAAUGGUUCUGUGUAUUAUAUCCUAUAUACGCACUAACGAUUAUGAGAAAAUUGGGGGUUUUGUUUUCUGAUUUUUUUUUAAACAAAAUUCUGCUGUAUUUAUUGAGAUCUGUAUUAUCCUACCCGGGAAUGCUGCACCAUUUUAAUUUUAUUAUUGUAUAUAUUUCCAUUGUGUUAUUCUGCGGUCUCAAGAUGCCUGCCGAUUGUUUAUCAUUUCCUCUUUCCCUGAGGUAACAAGACACUGUGUGUAUGUUAUAUAUACACGCAUAGAUGUGUGUGCCUGUAAAGGCACAUUUCACAGUCGUGAGCACACACACACACACACACACACACACACACUAGAAAAAGGUGGUUCAUUAUGGAUGAAUUUGAAUUUUGGUUUUGAUUCUUGCACGUGAAAAUUGAUUCAUUGACUGUUGGAAAUAAAUACUUGGAACAUGCUUAUUUAAUCAACAAA